UCCGGUGACCACGCUGCGGACUCUGCCGCCUCUCACACUGCCAUCGAAUUGUUAUCUAAAUAUCCGUUCCGGGGGCCUCGCCUCUACUGGACGACGCGACGUCGCGAUUUAUGCCGUUUUAUUCGUUCCGUACGACAAAUAUACCGAAAUUCGACCUAGGUUUCCAAUAAAAUGUAAAAAAGUAUAUUAAAUGAGUCGAGUGCUUGCUUAAUCGAUCGGCUGCAUUAAAAAGUUAAAACUGUUAUUAUCGUUUUGCGGUCAAAUUUUGCAGCUUUUGUUGCGCUACGAUUCAGCUCCUGGGCUUCGUUGUUAUAUAUUAUAGUCCAAGUGGUCAAGAAUAAGCUUUCGCACAACUUAAAUUAAGUAUCGAGUGGUGCCGUCCUGUGCUUAGUUCAUACUGUGGACAGUGCGUCGGUUCUUAAGAGGUGUUUUUUUUGUCGUUAAUUUAGUUGCGAGCUUUGGCGAUUUAUUUUAUUUAUUUAGUUGUACAUUUUUUUGCUAUUAUUGUGAUAAAACGCGAUCCAUGCUUGGAGUUAUGACUACCAUGUUAAGUUAACCUAACGUAACCAUACGUAUCGGAAUCAGAGGAACGAGUGGAGAUAAGCGCGCCUCUAUGCAAAACACGGCAAUCGCUCUGCUGGAGACGGCGUCGGCCUACGAGAGAGCGGUGCUGGAAUGUGAGCACCUGGAGGCGUCGGAGCACGGCGGGUUUCGGUGAGAGCGUUGGCACGGCAGCGGCAUGGACGAGCGCGGGCCGGCCGACGUGCCGCUGAUCGUGACGCCGCCGGGCGCGGGCGCGGGCGCGGCGCUCACCAGCUCGCGGCGCACGGCGUCCGCGCGCGGCUCCCGCGACGACCCGCCGCCCUCCACGUGGCGCUCCUCGGUGCGUGUGCGCGACACCAGUUUCCGCGGCUCCCGAAAAAGCGUCGUACGACUCGAACCGCCCUGUAAUGGCCUCAACGGGUUGCCUGCCAUCGGCAAGGAGGUCCUCUCACUGGGCGCGACGGGCGGCCACAAGGGAACGACGCAACCAUCCCACCCCUGCACUAUCCUCCACCAUUCUCCUUAUAAGGCCGCUUGGGAUUGGUUGAUCCUUAUACUGGUCAUCUACACCGCAAUAUUCACCCCCUACGUGGCCGCAUUCCAGCUGAAUGAACCUGAUUUCGACAAACGCUCACGUGGUUUCGGCCAGGAUCCCAUUGUUGUUAUUGAUAUGAUAGUCGACGUGACAUUCAUAAUAGAUAUCCUAAUCAACUUCCGCACGACAUACGUGAAUGCAGCAGACGAGGUGGAGUCGGACCCGGCAAAGAUCGCGCUACAUUAUCUGCGUGGGUGGUUCCUCAUCGACCUCGUCGCCGCCAUUCCCUUCGACCUUCUGCUCUUCGGCACCGACACCGAUGAACAGGGGCUGGAAAGUGAUGAGACGACGACACUCAUCGGUCUGUUGAAAACGGCGCGGUUGUUGCGCCUGGUCCGCGUGGCGCGUAAAAUUGACCGAUACUCCGAAUAUGGCACUGCCGUCCUCCUCCUUCUCAUGGCUACCUUUGUCCUUAUUGCGCACUGGCUAGCUUGUAUAUGGUACGCCAUCGGGAGUUGGGAGAGACCUCAACUGCAUGCCCCUAUUGGUUGGCUUGACGCUCUUGCUAACGAUGUACAGGCUACUUACGAUAACUCCACGGGACCGUCUAUGAGAUCUCGAUACAUCACAGCUUUAUACUUCACAUGCACUUCGUUGACGAGCGUCGGCUUUGGAAAUGUAGCGCCUAAUACUGACAUGGAAAAGGGAUUUACGAUAUUUGUCAUGCUUGUAGGAUCACUAAUGUACGCUAGCAUAUUCGGUAACGUAUCCGCAAUAAUACAAAGACUGUAUUCUGGAACCGCACGGUACCACACACAAAUAUUAAGAGUUCGAGAGUUUAUCCGAUUUCAUCAGAUUACAAAUCCCUUACGACAAAGACUAGAAGAGUAUUUUCAACAUGCAUGGAGCUAUACGAAUGGAAUUGAUACGUCCAGCGUUUUAAAGGGUUUUCCUGAAUGUCUUCAAGCCGAUAUUUGUCUUCAUUUGAACCGUAAUUUGCUGGCUAGCUGUGCCGCAUUUGAUGGUGCUAGUCCAGGUUGCCUAAGAGCACUUUCUCUAAGGUUCAAAACAACCCAUGCGCCUCCCGGAGAAACAUUAGUUCACCGGGGUGACGUCCUCACAUCACUAUUCUUUAUAUCUAGAGGAUCUAUUGAAAUUCUGAAAGAUGACAUUGUUAUGGCCAUAUUAGGCAAAGACGACAUCUUCGGGGAGAACCCCUGCAUACACAGUACAGUGGGCCGCAGCAACUGCCGCGUACGUGCGCUCACAUACUGCGACCUGCAUCGCGUGCAUCGGGACGACCUUCUCGAUGUCCUCGACUUCUACCCCGAGUUCCGAGCUUCCUUUGUCAACAACCUGGAAAUCACCUAUAACAUGCGAGACGAAGAGCUAGGCGGUAUUGAGCCUAGGCGGCGGAUGCGCUACGAAAACCCAUGCGACGCGAGACUACUGCGCGAAGCUUACGCGCGCACGACGCGGCGGCCUCACACUGAGACCUUCGCGGACAAGGUGGACUCUCAGUGUAGCGAUGAAGACACAGAAUCGCCGCCAAGUCGAGGUAUCCUAGAAUUUUCUGCCGACAAAGCGGGUCAAGACGUCACACCCCUUAAUUUUAAUUUUAGUAAACAACGCUCCACAACGCUUAAUUCUAUUACAGGCAUGCUAGCGCAACUAAAACGGAGCUUCCCAGACCUCUACCACCAUAAAACCCACCAGCCGCUGCACAACAAAUACUCGCAAUCGACGCCCCAAACGUACAGAGGGAGGGCAGCAGGUGUCCGUCGGCAAUCGUCCGUGGGUCCUUUAAACGACACUUCCCCACUGACGGGCGGAGCGGCCGCGGGCGAGCCGGCCGUGAGCACGCCGGCACACAGCGCCACGCUGCCAGUGUCAAGCCUCAGCACCAACCCAAGCUCUUACUACACCAAUGCGUCGCCCAGCCCGCCGGCGGCGCCCGCGCCUGCGUCCGGCCCCGUGCACGUCUCGUGCGACGACAUCCUCGCGCCGCACACCCCGCACGCGCCGUCCGCCGGCCGGACCUCCCGCUCCGCCCCGCACUCCGCCGUCAACCUACAUCAAACUGGAAGACCCACAGCCCUAGCUUUCACUUCGGAUAGAGUACAAAAUAUUACGCAGGAUGUUAUAUCACCGCAAUACCAAAACGUUGGCGCAGCAGCGACGGCGGCGUCGGUAGCCACGAUAUUGUCGCGACUGGAAGAGUUGAGCAGACGGGUCGCCGUGCUGGAGACCGGCCUCACUGCGGACGUGCGGCGCAUUCUACAACUGCUGCAAGCCCGCGAGGCGCCGCUUCACAACGCGCAGUCGGCGCACACUCCCUCGCAACCCUUACCGAAGCCUUCGUUAUCCGUUCCUCAUAGUAACGAGAAUCAGUGGGAGUGGAACUGGAACGGGCGCGGCACACGCAGCGAGCGCGCCGAGCGCACGCCGGGAGUGCAGCGCUCGGCGUCGGAGCCGCACGCGCCGGUGCCGCCGGCGCUGCCGCCGCCGCCGCACUCGCACUCGUUCUACAGGUAGUGUGAGGCAGGCGAGACGAGCGCCCCCUGCUCCCGGCCAUCGACGCGCUCGCUCGCAGAGUCCGCCUCGUGCGGCUCGCUGGCGGGCGGCUCGCCGGCCGCGCCCGAGCCGCCCGCGCCUGCGCUCGCGCCCGGCGCCACGCGUCCGCCCGCGCCCCGCGCGCGUUUCCACUUCUGUCGGCGAAUCGCGCGCGCCCGCCGCGACGACGCGAGAACCUUUCUCUGACGCGCCCGACCCCACGCAUGGACCAAUUUUGUACUGUCGUCGGUGCCCGACACCGACAUGUCCUCUCGACCUACCGGCGGACCGCCGCCGACGAUGUCCGCUCGCGCCGAGUCCAUUUGUAUUUAAAUUGCACAGAUUGUUGCCGUAGUAAGUAAUUGAAUACCGAAUGAAAUGUCCAAGUUUGGGUCGAAUAAAAAUUGACCUCGAUUUCGAAAAUUUUAUUCGCAAUAUUAAAUUACAAAGUUUGUUAUAAGUACAAUCUAAGUAAAAGAAUGUUUUGUCAUGCAAUAAUGGGUGGACGCAUCGGGUGCUUUAAUUUUUUCAUAGAUUAACUGCGAGAGUUAAAUAUACAUACAAAUAACAUGAGAGAUUUAUUACAUAAUAUAUAAAACAUCUAAAAUAAUCGAUCUCGUCUUUUUGUUAAUCUAUCGUUCACGUUUAAACCCGGGUGAACAAUUCGUUGAUCUAAAUGAAAACAUCAGUUUAGAUCUCAGCCGCACAGCAUAAAGUUAUAAGACUGAGACACGAUGUAACUCCGUGAACUGUAUUUCCAGAAGAGAGUAAACGAUAAACGCUUUCUACCCGUCCUUGCUCCUUGCCUUUACAUUGUAGCUAGGUAAUAUCUAACACUACUUUGAUCAAACAUUUUGGAAUGCUCCUUGUAGAAGUGCGUUUAUGAAAGUUUGCUUGUCAUAAUAAUAUUUAUUAUAGGUGUAUGUAAAUACCGCGUAAACUUCAGUGUUGCAUACCCAUAUUAACAUUUAAACCGAACUAUUGUUAAUUUAUUUACCCAAACUUCGACUGAUUAACGUCUAAUUUUAAAUAAAUCAUUUUUCUGGUAAAUAAUAAUUGUAAAUUAAUGUACAAGUACAUACUAAGGCACAGUUAUCUGACUUAAUUUAUUUUGUAUUUACGUAAUAAUGUUAUAUUGUAUCGACUUCUGAUCUAUUAAAAAUGAAAUCUUGCUCCUUUGUAUUACAAGUUCUUUAAGUUUAUUAGAUUAUAUUGAACUUUUAAUCGAGAGAUACAACCUUCAGAUUCUGAAAGGCUAAUCAAAAGAACGAAUAAGCGGUCUAUUUCGAUCGGGUUGCAGAAACGCAUCGUGAAAUAUUACCAACCGUUAAACAAACACAAAUAAAUUUAUUGCUUUGGUAUUUAUACACUUAACUGAUUUAUAUAAUUAACGAUUAUCCCGUUCGCAAGUCCACCUUGGACACAAAAGCGAAUUAAAAACGAUUUGAUCAUUGAAUAGCAUUUCAGAAACUGAGUAAAAAUGCAAAAGUGCAAUAUUGUUUUAAAAGACCUAAGUAUGAAGCUGUUAACCUAAGCGCGACCUUUGUGAGAUUUAUUUUAUAUAUCUACGACUUAUUAUCGCUAAAUUAUGGCUCAAUGGUUAUAUUAUUAUCUUUGUAUCGUGUCAGUAGAUAAUAAUUACGGGUAAGACAUUUCGCCAAUAUAUCAUGUAAGCAAUAAUAAA